AUGCAGGAAAAAGGUUCCCCAUCCACCACGGCCGCAGGUACUCCGGCGAAGGUAAAAACGGACAGCUGGCUGGAGGAAACAUCCAUCGGUCGUUCAUUGUCAACGCUAACGAGCGGCACCAGCUCCGGCCACGGCAAAAAUGCGCGCAAGUUCUCCAACAUUUUAGAGAUGGAACGGUUCAGCAAUAGUAAUAUAGUUUCGAUGGACGAUACCAGCACUACGGUUGAUUAUAACCCCGUCGAUGACAUUCCCGUCCUGCCGGAUGCGGACGAUAUUCACGAAAGUUUGCUAUACAAUGAAAGUCCCAACCUACCAACUGUAACAACGUACAAGAACCUUAGCUCGGAUAUAUUCACCAGUGGAAAAGCUUCGGCGCUCGGCAAUCUGGACGAAAUCGACAUCUCCAUUCUGACCGAGUGUCUCGAAAGCGAAGAGGACAUCGAAGAGCCGGACGAACCGUGGACGUGGGAUCAACUGUUUACGCAGCUUUCGGUUAAAAUAAGCACCGAAACGAAGACACCGAUCGUAGAGUACAGUAACUAA